UUUUCUUUUUGCCGGUUCCUCGAGCUCGGUCAAUGCCCUCUCCGCUUAAUCCCAGUUUAAAAAGGAAAAGGAAAAUUCAGUGAAUGAGCGGGACAUGAAUAAUAAUAAGAGGAAAAGGAUGAAGCUGAGUCAUUGGAGCUUCACCUUCUUCUUCUUCUACUUUUAACAAUUAUGGCCUCUUCUGAUUCCCAGCGUCGCUGCGUUUUUGUUGGGAAUAUACCAUAUGAUGCUACUGAGGAGCAACUAAUUCAAAUCUGUGAGGAGGUUGGACCAGUUGUUUCCUUCAGAUUAGUGAUUGAUAGAGAAACUGGGAAACCAAAAGGUUAUGGAUUCUGCGAAUACAAGGAUGAAGAGACUGCCUUGAGUGCUCGUCGUAACCUUCAAGGGUACGAGAUAAAUGGUCGGCAGCUAAGAGUUGAUUUUGCUGAAAAUGAUAAAAAUUCUGACAGAAAUCGUGACCAGGGUCGCGGCGGACCUGGCAUGGCUACGAAUAUUGAUCCCAAAAAACACAUCGGGGGACCAGCUGUCCCUGUGGAUUCUGCACUCCAUCAGCCAAUAGGCAUGUCAGUAGCUAUGACUGCUGCAGCGGUUAUGGCAGGAGCUCUUGGAGCUGCUCAGACUGGCAGCUCAUUCAGUCAAUCUGGAGUAGAUCCUUUAACACUACAUAUGUCCAAAUUGUCUAGGAGCCAACUGAAUGAUGUAAUGUCUGAGUUUAAGGUAAUGUGUACACAAAACAAGGAACAGACACGCCAACUGCUGUUAGCAAUUCCAAAUUUGUCAAAAGCUCUUUUUCAGGCACAGCUAAUACUGGGAAUGGUGUCCCAACCAAUGUUGCAGAUGCCAAACAUUCGGCAAUCUACUGCACCUCAACUGCAGCCAUUGUUGCUAGAUGGUCAGCGAAGUCAACAACUAGCAACUCAGUCUCUCCCUGGGUUACCCCCACUUCCCCCUAGUUUGCUCCCCCAGGCACGGCCUCAGAUUCAUCUUGCCCAACCAGCACAGAACCAAAUUUUGCAGAGUCAGUUGCCUACGCCUUCUAGAAUCCUUCCAUCUGUGCAACCCCAGGUCAAUGUAUCAAUUAAUCCGCCAGUUCAGAUGGGAACUUCCUCUUCUAUAAAGCAGCAAAUGCAUCCUUCUUUCUUACAACAAGCUGGGCCAGUUGCAUCUACAAAUUUUUCAUAUAAUAGUCAGCUGGGGACUACAAAUACAAACUAUCAUCCUCCUCAAUCAACGCUUCCCCCAUUAUUGGAACAAGGUUUUCAGGUAAACCCUUCAGCAGUUUCUGGUGUCAUGGAUAAUAUGAAUAAAGGGUCUCGAGGACCACAGGCUCCAAAUAAUUCAUCUUCAAUUACCAGACCAGCUUACCCUGCAGGUUUGCCUGAGGAAAAGAGAGGGGCAACUAAUAAUCUAGAUCUUCUUAGCCGGCCAUCGAAAUUGCCUAGACUAAAUGAUGGAAUAAGUUAUGCCUUGCCUGAUGCAAGUGUAUCUACGUCCCUGUCAGGACCCUCGACUCAAGUUUCAGCUGCAGCAGAAGUGUCAAACUCUGAUAAACAAGCUAGUCAGGUGCAGCUUCCCUCGGACAUUGAGUCUGCCUUGCUGCAACAAGUACUGAGUCUGACUCCUGAACAGCUAAGUUCACUGCCACCAGAUCAGCAGCAGCAGGUCAUUCAGCUUCAGCAGAUGCUUCGGCAGCCAACGUAGCCACACUUUACUACAUGAAGAUGAUCUCAGAUACACCUGCAUGCUGGUUUAUGUUUGCCCCUCUGCAAUAUUUGCGCAGAAGGGCAUGUUGUCUCUUAGAUCAAUUUCCAUAUUGUAAAGCAAAGGAUCCAGCAUAUGAUUAUAAAAUGCACUAGAGGCUAUUACAUUCAUGUAACGGUUAUGAGGCAAGUUGUUUGCAAGAUAAAUGAAGGAAAGAGAAGAAAUUUGUGGCUCCAGUUGUACUCUUUUUUGUUAGUUAUUUGUCAAAGCUCCAGUUGUACCCUAGGAGUAGAUAUUUGAGACACAUUUUUCAUUUGCUAUUUGCCCACUUAUCUUUCAGUAACAAAUUCAUUGCUUGGUUUAUCUUAAUGCAAGUCCUGGAUCAGUUUUGCGGUU